CAUUUUCAUAACCUCGAUUUGGUCUCCACGAACAUCCGGGUCUUUCAUGCGUGAAUUGGAUUGCGCAGUGAUUAAUUUGUGUUUCAAGGGGUAUCCCAAGUUGUAAUUUUAUUUAUUUAUAACUACUAAGUCCUUGCAGUACCAAGUCCUAGCAGAAAUGUCUUCAGAAGAACCAGUUGAGUGUCCUUUGUGUAUGGAACCAUUAGAGAUCGAUGAUGUUAAUUUCUUCCCUUGCACUUGUGGAUAUCAGAUCUGCAGAUUUUGUUGGCAUAGAAUUAGAACAGAUGAAAAUGGAUUGUGUCCUGCGUGUAGAAAGCAAUAUCCAGAAGAUCCAGCAGAAUUUAAACCCUUGACAGAGGAUGAAUUACAGAGAAUAAGGAAAGAAAGAAAACAGAAAGAUCUGCAGAGAAAGCAGAAGGCUGCAGAGAACAGGAAACACCUAGCCAAUGUCAGAGUAGUACAGAAGAAUUUAGUGUUUGUUGUUGGUUUAUCCAAAAAGCUGGCAGACCCAGAGACGUUGAAAAAGCAAGAGUACUUUGGAAAGUUUGGGAAAAUCCAUAAAGUUGUGAUAAAUCAGAGUACUUCAUAUGCAGGAUCACAGGGUCCAAGUGCAAGUGCAUAUGUAACAUAUAAUCGCUGUGAUGAUGCGUUGAAGGCAAUUCUAGCAGUUAACAAUGUUCAUGUGGAUGGAAGAACUUUGAAAGCCUCUCUAGGAACAACAAAAUAUUGUAGUCAUUUCUUGAAAGGGGCUCAAUGCCAAAAGCAGGAUUGUAUGUACUUGCAUGAAUUAGGCGAGGAAGCAGCAAGUUUUACCAAAGAGGAAAUGCAAAUGGGUAAGCAUCAAGAAUAUGAACAAAAACUGCUGGAGCAGUACAUGAAUUCCCAGAACACAGCCAACAACCAGUUAAAUUGUAGUAAAUCUAUUCCCAUACAGAAGAAAACUUCUUCCCCAUUAACAGUUACCACACCUUCAGAGACGCCUCCCACGCCUGUACAAACACAUUCUCCUCAGAGUGCAACACCGCCUACCAAUUCAUCUCCACCCAACUCAUCAAACAGAGAGGCGUGGCCAUGUCUACAGCAGGGCAAAAUAGAGGGCAGUCGACCUAACCACAAACCAGAAACCUGUAAACCAAACGUUAUACUUCUAACAGAUGCAGAUAAUAGUUCUUUACAGAAGCCAAUAGAAACUCCAGUGUCAUCCACAUUACCUCCUUUUAAAGCACCUCCCAGAUUACCCCUAGGAGUGCCGCUUAAGCCGUUUGAGAAUCCAGCUACUAGUCUUUCAUUGUUCAGUGGAAAUGGUUUUCACAGAAAUCAGAAAAUCCCUGUGCCAACACCCACAGAUGUUCCCGAUGUUCCUAGUACAGAAAUAGCUGACUCAAUCCCAGUGUCCAGUUGUGAAGACUGGCAAGCAGCAUUUGGAUUCAGCUCUAAAUCCAGAGAUAUCCAGGAUGAUGACUUGGGUUUUGAUCCAUGGGAUGAAUCCUCUAAAGGCCUUGCAGAUUUACUGGAAAAGGAAAGCUCCUCACAAUCAUCACAACCCCAAAGAACAAGUUUUUCUCAGCCAAAUCCACAAAAUUUACCCCCAGGUUUUUCACUUAGCCAUAUACAGCAACAACAGCAACAUGCACAGCACCCAGCAUUCAUAAGACAAGAUCUGGCAGGAAGUCGUAUGAUGAAUUUUUUACAACCACCUCCUAUGUACAGUUCUUAUAACAAAGAAACACAAGAAAGUGAUAAAGUUCAAAAGCAGAAUGAUGUAUUUAGCACAAAAGAUUGGCAGGAUGGACUCCGGGCAUUACUACCAAACAUCAACAUAAGCUUUGGUGCCCCUCCCACAAACCCUACAACUAAAUCUAAUUGUCAACCACAGAAAAAAUGGGGGGUUUCUACACCAUCUCAAAGUUGGAUGACAAAUGACCCAGCGAUUCUUUCGUCAGGAUCUCUUGCAAACAAUGGCCUAUCAGAAAAUGCUCCACAUUGGUUAAAAUCAAUUCAUCAACUGACAGAAGUGGAAAGCUCACCAUUCAUGCAGCAUUUCCCACCUAGAAAUUCAUAUUCAGCUGGCUGGUCGACUACACAGAAUCCACCCCCAGGAUUUCAGUCUACAGUUCAUCCCACAACACAGAACCCAGAAUUACAGAAAAUCUCAGACGGUCUACAGUAAACCUGCUAAAUUGGACCAGCUUACAGAAUCCUCCCUCCUGAGACUUGUGUUAAACCAAUACACCUGUUUGAAACAUUCAUUGGAAAAAGACUAUAUACUAGAACAGUGAUCAAGCAAUGGAUGUUCUUUUAAAUUAAUGUAACACAAAUUUUAGUCAGGGUAAUGUGAACAAGAAUUGUACAUGUAUUCCACUUUUACCUCUGAUCAUCUUGCUGUGUUAAGACAUGUAUCCAUUGAUUAUUAUAUGAAGACAGUGAAUAUAGUUUCAGGUUUUUUCUAAUUUGAUGAUCAUUUAAGAAAGCUGGACAACAAUUAUUGAAGGUUAAUUAUUAUUACAUGUACCUGGGUCCCUCGAUUAUUUUGACAUUGCAUAUUUUAUUGCUAAUUGUCCCUCAUGGGGAAUAGUGAUUUGAGUCCUUCUGUCUGUAACACCUAGGUCUUAAAAGUCAUCAGUUCACAUGAUCUCUGAAUAUCUCAAAUACUUCAGGGUUCCCAUUAAUUAUUCUCGUCCGGGCCUACUUUGCACAAAAUCUCUGCUGAUUUUUUAUAGCAAAGACAAAAAUGCUGCCCUAUUUCUUGCUUUGGUGAAACACAGAUGUCAAGAUCAGAGAGAUAUGCUCAUGCUAAAUACAAUAAUUUUCAUCCGAAAUAGCAACACAUAUCACAGAUGUUUGUUUGUUUGUUUGUUUUCCUGCAAUCCCGAUCCUGCACUGUAGCAGAUGUGGUUAAAACGAAAGUUGGGGUUUCCCAAUCCUUCCAUGUGUUAACCUAUAGUAUCAGCCAUGAAGAAAAUAUAGGUUAUUUUACAAAGAGACGUAGACUUCGUAAAGUUGGAACUACAUGAUCCAUUCAUUUAUUCAGUUAUAAUUGUGAUUACUGUUAUAGAAUUAAUACAAGUACUAACUACUAAGAAAGAUUGGGCUAAUUACUAUCUAGCAAGAGGAGGAUAUGAACUUGUUAGGAUAAGCAAGUUCUGCCAAACUCUUCUCUUUUCAUUCUUAUUCCCUCUCUUUCUAUGGUCUGAAGUGGGAAGAUUGUGCAAGUAAUAUAAGUGGCAGCAGCUAGGUAUGGGUCAUUGUCAAUUUUUUAUUACAUGAAAUACUAAUGAAUGUGACAUGGGCUUCCUUCACUUUUCAAUUGUACCACCAAACCUUGAUAAUUGAGACAGAAUUCAUAUAUUAGUAUUUGAAAUAGCACAUUUUGCUGACAAUCUUACUGUAAUUUAAUGCUAGAUUUAGUGUUUGAAAGCUAGGAAAUGCCUUCUAGUGCCUUCUGAAUUUCUUUUUUUGCUCAUCUGAGUUGAAAGCUCAGUGAGGUUUUCUGAUCAACCAUUGUCCGUCUGUAAACUUUUCAUACUUUCGACUUCUCCAGAACCACUGGGCCAAUUUCAACCAAACUUGGUACAAAUCAUCCUUUGGUGAAGGGGAUUCAAGUUUGAUCAAAGGAAGGACCAUGCCCCCUUCAAAUGGGAGAUAAUUACCAAAAUGCAAAAAUAGGGUGGGGUCAUUUAAAAAUCUUCUCAAGAACCACUGGGCCAGAAAAGCUGAAAUUUACAUAAAAGCUUCUUGACAUAGUGGGGAUUCAAGUUUGUUGCAAUAGUGACCCACGGGCUUAGAAUGGGGCCCACAAUAGGGGAUCAAUUUUUUUCAUACAAAUAUAUAGGGAAAAUCUUUAAAAAUCUUCUUCUCAUGAACCACUGGGCUAAGAAAGUACAAAUUUAAAUGAAAGGUUCCUGACAUAGUGCAGAUUCAAGUUUGUUAAAAUUAUGAACCCCAAGGGUAGGAUGGGGCCACAAUAGAGGAUCAAAGUUUCACAUGAAAAUAUAUAGGUAAAAUCUUUGAAAAUCUUCUCAAGAACCACUGGGCCAGGAAAGUAGAAAUUUACUUGAAAGCUUCCUGACAUAGUGCAGAUUCAAGUUUGUUAAAGGGAAAGGCAACCCUUACCACAUUGUUACUUUUAUGAAUAAAAUAUUACUUACUGAUAUCGUAAAUGACAGUCUUUAACAACAAAAAUCCUUGCUUAACGAUUAAAUCAAUAUUAAUCUAUCAUAUGUUUUAAAUUAUCCGCCACUAAGAGAGUUGCCAUUGAAAUUUAAUUUAUGACGUCACACCGUUGGUUUUGGUUUAUUUCAUCAGCAGUUUGGAGCUGUAUAGAUUUGAGCCUCAAUCUAAUUAAAAUCGGAUCCUAAGAUGUGCUCACAAUCACUACAAUAGGAUCUGACAUAACCCCAUGGGGGUCAUAUCCGCAUGACCUUUCGCUUGGAAUAUUCAUAAGAACUAUCAGCCAGUCAGAUUGUGCCAUACAAACAAUGUUUAUUUAGGCGGUUCCCAGCAAUUCCUAAACAAAUUGCAGUAAUCUCACUCCCACAAAGUAUAUUCCACACUAUAAAAUUGUUUAUUCCCACAUAAGGAAUUUUAAACUUUUGCAGCAAUGCCUAAUCUAUUCCGUCCAUCCAAACAACAAAUCAUACGAUGUAAAAUACACCCAGAUGAAAUUAAUUGUGAAAUGCGAUUUAUGUAUGAAUAGGAAUGGGUACGAUUUUUAUAGUUUUAAAGAUGGUUUACUUAAUUAACGCGAGGAAUAUAGCGCCAGUCGAUCUAGCUGCAAUGUGUUUUCUUUUAAACCAAACAAUCGCAUCCAUUUUCCUUGAAUUGUGAACACCAACGACUUCAUAGGCGACGUGUUGAUUGGCUAACAUAAAGUUCAAAUGCACAUUACCCCUUAUCUGGUUAUGUCGGAUCUUGCACAGAGUAUACGGCGCAAAUCUAAGAAGUCUGAUUUUAAUUAGAUUGAUUUGAGCCCAUUCUUUCGCAAGAAGAAAUUGAGAAAAGAAGUCGUUCAGUCGAGUCGCAGUCCAGGCAGACAGUACACAUUUCUUCAUAGAAAUGUCUCGAACCUCAACUUAUCAUUACGCAAAUGAUGGCUCCACAGUUUACAUAGUCUUUUCUUUUCAGAUGACUUGGUUGGUUCAGGAAUUUCGAGAGAGAAAAAUUCCACAUCUCCCCUUCGCAUUAGUGCAAUUAACAGUUUGACAGGAAGUCAUCAUCCUAUAUAUUCGUAAAGUCUACCACAUCUUUGAUGAUCUUAGAAUCUCAUCAAAACCAGAACAAACAGUGUGACGUCAAAAUUAUUGAUUUUUGUGGUCUUGAAAACGAAAGAGUUCCACAUCAUGGCAGCCUCUAUAGAUGAUGGGAAUUUCAAUUUUUAACGUUUUCAAAUUAGUACUGAGGGUGAUGUAGGUCAUAUAUCAACAGAAUAAUAUGACCAAUUUUUAUCUUAUAAUUGAUCCUAUCAUUAUGGAAAUUUUUUUGGGGUUGCCUUCCCCUUUAAAAUCGUGACCCCCUGGCCAGGGGUAGGAUGGGGGCCACAAUAGAGGAUCAAAGUUUUACAUGCAAAUAUAUAGGUAAAAUCUUCUCGACAACCACUGUACCAGGAAAGUAGAAAUUUACUUGAAAGCUUCCUGACAUAGUGUAGAUUCAAGUUUGUUAAAAUCAUGACCCCGGGGGUAGGGGGCCACAGUAGGGGAUCAAAGUUUUACAUACAAAUAUAUAAAGAAAAAUCGUUGAAAAUCUUCUUCUCAAGAACCACUGGGCCAAUUUCAACCAAACUUGGUACAAAUCAUCCAUGGGUGAAGGGGAUUCAAGUUUUUUCAAAGGAAGGACCAUGUCCCUCCCCUUCAAAGUGGAGAUAAUCACAAAAAUAGGAUGGGGUCAUUUAAAAGUCUUCUUCUCAAGACCCACUGGGCUAGGAAAGUACAAAUUUACAUGAAAGCUUCCUGACAUAGUGAAGAUUCAAGUUUGUUAAAAUCAUGACCCCGGGGGUAGCUUGGGGCCACAAUAGGGAUCAAAGUUUUUGAUACAGAUAUAUAGGAAAAUCUUCUCCAGAACCACUGAGCCAAUUUCAAUCAAACUUGGAACAAACCAACCUUAGGUGAUGGGGAUUGAAGUUUGUUCAAAUGAAGGGCCAUGCUCCCAUCAAAUGCAAAAAUAGGGUGGGGUCAUUUAAAAACUUUCAAGAACCACUUGGCCAGAAGAGCUGACAUAGUGGAGAUUCAAGUUUGUAAAAACCAUGACACCUGGGGUUAGGAAGGGGCCACAAUAGGGGAUCAAAGUUUUACAUGCAAAUGUAUUAUAGGGAACCAAACUUGGCACAAAGCAUCCUUAGAUGAAAUUUGUUCAGAUGAAAGCCAUUGCAAAUGGUCAGCGUCUGUCUUUGCGUGUUAAUGAUUGAACAUUUUUUACUUCUUGAUAACUACCAUUCCAAUUCUUUUCAAAUUUGGUAAGAAGCAUAUUUUGGGCAAGGUGGAAAUAAAUUCUACAUUUCAGGACUCCUGCACUUCUGCCAAAAACUGUCAGAAAUUGACCAAUUUUCAAAAAUGAUCUUCUGUACAACCACACAUCUGUAAGAAAAACUAAAUGCAUAGUAAUGUAGAGCAGGAAGGCAUCUACCAAAAUUGUAAAUUUCAUGAUCCCCUGGUAAAGGGUCUGAUUCCAGGACGGGGCAAACUUGGUAUAUAAUCUGUAUGUGCAAAUUAUUUGAAUAACGUCUUCUUUUUCAUACUAUUGAAACUAAAUGAAUAUUUAGAAAGAGCAGGUGGUCCUUUACUAAAAUUUUAAGAUUCAUGAUCUGGGGGAAUAGAGGGGGUUUUUUGGUUGUUGUUUUUUUUGGUAUCGGAGUGGGACCAAAAUGGUCAAUUAAUAAAAUAUGUUAACAAUUGAACAUUUAGAACUUCUUCUUGAUAACUACUGUUCUAAUUCCUUUCAAAAUUUGGUAUGCGGCAUCUUUGGGACAAUGGGCAUAUAUUGUAAAUUUCAGAACUCCUAUACCCUUGGGGGCAAUGCAAAAAUUGACCAAUUUUCAAAAAUACUCUUCAAUUACAAAUUUCAAUUGAGAAAAAAGAAAUCCAUAGUAAUGUAGAGCAGGAAGGCAUCUACCAAAAUAUUUUAUGAUCCCCUUGGUUGAGGUUCCAACCCCAAGGCAGGGCCAAACUUGGUAUAUAUAAUGUAUAUCUGUAAAGCCUUAUACCCCAACAACAAAGUUGUGGGGGGUGGGUAUACACUGUAAUUGGGCCCGUCUGUAGACACAUUGGUUUCUGGGCUCUUAAGCGUUACCCUUUCACCUACAGUCACCAUAUCAUACAUGUAGACUACCCAUGGGACGAAGAUGUUCCCUAUCGAAUUUGGGGUCCAAAGGUCAAGCGCACUGGACAUCGAAGUAGCAAUAUGGUUUUCAGGCCCUAAGGCGUUAUUCUUUCCACCUAUAGUCACCAUAUCAUACCUAUGGAAUACCCAUGGGAUGAAGAUGUUCCCUAUGGAAUUUGGGGUCCAAAGGUCAAACACACUGGUCAUCGAAGUAGCAAUAUGAUUUCUAGGCUCUAAAGUAUUAUCCUUUCCACCUACAGUCACCAUAUCAUAUACAUGAACUACCCCUGGGACGAAGAUGUUCCCUAUCGAUUUUGGGGUCAAAGGUCAAGCGCACUCCUAGAUAAGAGUCUACCCAAGGUUUUGUCAUGCCCUUUCUUUUCUACACUCGGGGAAAGAGGUAAUUUAUACCUAUUAACAACACCCUUUUGGAGAUUGGGGUAAGCGGAUGGGUAUUCUUAGUGAGCAUUGCUCACAGGACCUCUUGUUUAAUGCUAUUGAAACUAAAUAGAUACAUUAUAUUUAGGUGUGUUUUUUUACCAAAAUAAUGUCAUGAUCCCAGGGGGUAAGGGUUUUGGUUCCAGGAUGGGGCCAAAUUAUGAUAAUUUUUGUCGUUAUCAUUUUAAAGACUUUAAAUUUGCAGAUAUGGUAGAAAACUAAAUUCAUAUUUAGGAAAAGCAGAAAAGGAUGUACCAAAAUUAUGAAUUUCGCAACCCAAGGGUUUUGACUGUAGGAGGGGUUCAAAUUAAUCAUGUUGUGUUAAUGUUACAUAUAUUAUGUAAAAGUCUUCCAUCAGUAUAGGCACUUUUGGGGGUAUUAGUGUUUUAAGAAUGCAUCUUGUUUUAUACUGUUGCUGAAUAUUAGAAUUUAGUUUAUAUAUGCAGAACAGGAAUUUUUUUCUGGAUUCCGUAGCCCUUGGGACUGGUGAUACUAUUAGCUAUUAAAUACUCGAGUGACUGAUCAGGCCAGUGGGCCUAUUGUUUUUUCUGGUUGAGGCAUGUCACGAAUUCUGCCCGCGAGGGUCCUCAACAAAAUUUGAUUCAGAUUUCAAAACUAUGGUAAUGAAAAUAUUGGACAAAAUUAAGAUCAUCAGUAUCAAAUUUUGAUUUUCUAUGACAGGCCUGCAUUUACUAGCUCUAUUCCUUUGCAAAAAUUCUUCAUUCAGCUAUGAAACUUUGCAAGACAUCUUCAUAAUAUGUUCCCAUUUUAAAAACAGAUGUACAAUUGUGCAGGGAAACCAUUUAAACCUGCCUUUGUCACAUAUGAAGUUUUUAAUUUUCUUAGAGACUUUGUUGAUACAAUAAUUGGGUGUUGGGAAUUCCAUUUUAUUGUACAUCAAAGGUAGUAAUGAAAUAAAACUACCACUGGAGGCAUUUGUGUUUCAGAAAAGUGUCUUGUUACAAACCCAUUGCUUACUGCAUAGAACAAUGACUUCAUUGAUUUGGUCAACUUUUUGAUCUUUCAUAUUGCAAAUUUUGUAAUGAAUUUGAAUGUGUGUUAAUUUAUGAAUAUUUAUUAUUUGAAACCAGUUCAUGAUGGAAUCCUAAACUUGUUGCUAUUCCCAAGAUUAGAUCAGAGGUAAAUGUGAAUGGUUUCUUCUCCAAGCAUCAUUCAAUAAUUGCUCCCUUGUUUUAGUUGAUUGUUUACUUAUGUAUUGGGCAUUGACUGCCAUUGUAUACACAGAAAAUACUGAGGAGGUCUGUGGGAGCAGAAAAAUCCUCAGCCAGGAUUUUAACAUCAGACAAUAUAGCAUUAAAUGUUUUAAACAACAA